AUGCAGCCACCACUACUGCAACAAAAGCAUCUGUUGUUCUUCUUAUUGAACAUCAUAACCUGGUCAUGGUUGACUCUGGACGGCGUCGUUUCGGACCCUCAGGCCAAUCUAGUGCGACUAUGGUGUGACCAAGACGGCGACGGCGACGGAUCCAUCUAUUGGACAAAGAACGACGGGUCCAUCUUGAAGGGGAUCCUAGACGAAACGCUUCAAGACCUGAGAGCUCAGAUCCAAAACCAAAACCAACACUUCACUACAGCUCAGGCAGUGAAGGCUAACAUCCCCAUUUAUGGUCUUUUUCAGUGCAGAAACUACCUCUCCAUCGCCGACUGCCUCGCUUGUUUCGAUGUCGCCGCCGUCAACAUCCGCAACUGCUCCACCACGGCAUAUGGUGCCCGUCUCGUCUACGAAGGCUGCUUCCUCAGGUACGACAGCAGCAAACAUUUUGAUCUGGCCAGCGAAGUCGAGUGGAGCGACAUAAGAUGUGGGAAUCAUACAAUAAUAGAUUCCUCUGCGCUUGCUUCAACUGUACAACAAGUGUUGAGGAAUCUAGACGUAGCAACCCCAAGAAUGAGUGGAUUUUAUGCAGCCACUAAGACGCCUGUUCCUAAUAGUAAUGGUUUGAAUGUUUAUGCGAUUGCUCAAUGUGUUCAGACCCUCUCACAAAGUGGGUGCCAGAAUUGCAUGAAAUCUGUAUCAGAAAAAUUUCAGACUUGUCUUACAAACUCAAAUGCUGAGAGUUACGAUACUGGCUGUUUCAUGAGAUACUCCACAGCUUCUUUCUUUGCUGGUAAUCAAACCACUGAUAUCAACCACUUCUUGAAACAAGCUGGUUCAAGCAAUAAGGGAGCCAUCAUUGGUAUUGUUAUUGGAAGUCUAGUGCUGGUUUUGAUCUUCCUUAUGACAUUAUUUGCCUGGAUUAGACCACGAAGAAGCCAAAGAGAGUUCCCAAAGGUAAAACAACUUGAAAGAGAUGUAACUGGAAUAAGUAAGUUGAAAGCCCCAGUUAACUACAAUUAUAGGGAUUUGAAGUCUGCAACAAAAAAUUUCAGCAUUGAAAAUAAACUUGGGGAAGGUGGAUUUGGAGCAGUAUAUAAGGGAACUUUGGAGAAUGGAAAAGUAGUUGCAGUGAAGAAAUUAACUUUACGACAAUCAAAGAGGAUGGAGGAAGAAUUUGAGAGUGAAGUAAAGCUCAUUAGCAAUGUUCAUCAUCGGAAUCUUGUUCGACUUCUUGGAUGUUGCUGUAAAGGCGAUGAGAGAAUUUUGGUCUAUGAAUACAUGGAAAAGACCAGUCUUGACAAAUUCAUAUUUGGCAAAAAGAAAGGUUCACUUAAUUGGAACCAUCGAUGGGAUAUAAUUUUAGGAACAGCAAGGGGUUUAACUUAUCUACAUGAAGAAUUUCAUGUUUGCAUUAUACAUAGAGAUAUAAAGACUAACAACAUCCUAUUAGAUGAUGAUUUGCAACCUAAAAUUGCUGAUUUUGGUUUAGCAAAGCUCUUACCCGAAGACAAAUCUCAUCUUAGCACAAGAUUUGCAGGAACAUUAGGAUAUGCAGCACCAGAAUAUGCAAUUCAUGGACAAUUAUCAGAGAAGGUUGAUAUUUAUAGCUACGGUGUUGUGGUGCUAGAAAUUAUUAGUGGUAAAAGAAACAGUGAAUUAAAGCUCGAUGGUGAUGAGGAAGGCGAAUUUCUCCUUCAGAAAGCUUGGAACUUAUAUAGGAAAGGCUUACAUUUAAAGUUGAUUGAUGAUACCUUAGACCCCAAUGAUUAUGAUGCAGAGGAAGUGAAGAAAAUCAUAAAGAUUGCCUUACUUUGCACACAAGCAUCUGCGGAAUUAAGGCCAAAAAUGUCUGAAGUAGUUGCUUUGCUCCAACAAGAAUGUUUAUCAGAGGAUAUAAGACCCACUAUGCCUAUUUUGAUUGAAAUUAAGUAG